UCAGGCGCUGAUUUGGCCCUGGCAAAGUUCACGUAAAGUGUUCCUGGAUAGUUAUUUUCUCUCCUUUCUUCCAGUACCGUUGAAAAAAGUAUUUAGUGUUUCAAAACCGUUAGCGUAGAGUGAUACAACGUAUUUAAUAGUAGAUCAAACAUGGACUAACGUUACUAUCCUUGUGCAAAUCAGUGAAGGCGUCAUCUGUGAAGACAGAGUUGCGGUCGCAAUGUGGAAGCUGGUACCCCUUCAAUCUGGAGGCGAAACAUUUUACUUGCUGCCUGGAAAAGAGUAUGUUGUGGGUCGCAAGAAUUGUGAAAUCCUACUUGGCAAUGACCAGUCCAUCAGCCGUGCCCAUGCUCAGUUGUCUCUUAGCAACCAGAGUCUGACAUUGAAGGACUCCUCUAAGUAUGGCACUUUCAUCAAUGAUGCACAGCUGACAGCCGGCACUGUCCAGACCCUGAAAUCUGGAGACAGGUUGACCUUCGGGGUCUACCAAAGCAAGUUUAAGGUUGAAGAGGAGAGUUGAGGGUGUUUCUCAUGCUUGGAGAACGAGAGCAAGGCGGAACUGUCCCAGGCCCUCUCCUCAUUUGGUGGCCGGCUAGUGAGCUCAUGGGACCAGGAGUGUACCCACCUCGUUAUGCCUUCUGUGAAGGUCACCGUCAAGACCAUCUGCGCUCUGCUCUGUGGGCGGCCCAUAGUGACGCCCCUGGGGGACUUCUUCAGAGAAAGCAAUCAAAGGAAGUGUUAUUACCCUGAGAUUGAUGAGCCCAGUCUAACCAAAGAGGAUGUGGAUCUGAGCUCUCGCCCUGAGCGUAAGCGACUCUUUGCUGGAAAGAACUUCAUCUUCCUCAACUCCAAACAGAUGAAGCACUUGAGUCAGGCAGUGGGUUAUGGAGGUGGGCUGAGUCAGCUCCUGGAGGAGGGGUCUGUCCCUGUGUCACUCCUGGAGUCGCCAGGGAGCUGCGUGAUUGACAUGGCAGUAGGCAGCUCUCAGACACUAAUCUCCGCCUCUUCCAGGAAGUGGAUAGAUGCUGUGGGUCAGGUUCUCCACAGACAGGGCCAGCGGUGGAUCUCUGAAUCUGAAAUCGGAUUGGCUGCCAUCUAUGUCAAUAACUCCACCUACUGCAAUCCUUAUGCUCCGACGGCGACAGAGUCUGUGAGGAUGAGGAAGGUCAUCCCAGGGCCCUCGCUAUCCCAGAGUGCUGCAGUGGACGAGACGGUUCUCCCAGCGGCGUCGCAGAAUAUCACCGCCUACGUGGUUAACACAGAACCCUCACAGGGCAUCAGCGGCCCAAAGGUCAGUGAGAUGACCUCUGUCGGAGAGACACCGGAGAAACAGCCCAGUCGUGCACGGUCAACAUCACAUCCCAAGACAACACCCUCCUCCUCCUCCUCUUCCUCCUCCUCCUCCUCUUUUUUUCCAGAAGCCUCCUGUCACCAAGGACACGCCAGCCUCAUGUACCACCAUCACAGAGACGAUGAUGACGCCACUUACUGUCGCUCAAACCAGCCAAUCAGAGAAAACCAGGAAGGCAGACCUGGCUGUGUCCAGCAAGAGGCCCAGCAGCCGUGACGCUGACUCAGCGAAAUUCAGGGCUCCACAGGGUGCGCUCAACAAGACGUCCCCCCAGAAACAGUCCGCCCUGACAAACUUCUUUCAGCCUGUCAGCAAAAAAAAGACCUCGAGAUGGCAGCGUGGAAGCAAGCCAAUCAGAGCUCAAGCUUUUCCGGUUGGAUAGCGAGGAAGAGGAACUCCAUAAAAGGAAUUGCACCCCUGCUGUGGCUCCCACUCCCACCGUUAACCCCACACACACGACCACGCACACACACACACACAGGCACACACUCCACAACCACCACGACUGCAGCCCCGAGUCCCCAACACCGGACUGUACAGGGGUCAGCCUCGGACCGCAACCAGGACAGAAGUUCUGGUCCCGCUGCAGGGUUUAGCGCUAGUCCCAGCCUGGGUCUGGGUCCGGCAUUAGGUUCUGCGUCAGGGCUGGGGUCAUCCAGGGGAAUGCUAGACGGACUCUCCAGUGGGUUCACAGGACAGGAGACUAAGAAGAGAAAGGAGAUGGAGCAGGAAGAGUCUGCAGAGCCAGAUCUGGACCUGUCCCUAGAGGAACUGGAGUCCAUCAUGAUGGAUGACAUGGACAUGCCCCCUGAGCCCACAGCCAAUAAAAAACAGCGCUUGGACCAGGAAGAGCAAAGCUCAGCCAAUUGGAAAGCACACCAGAACCAGAAAGAAAAUGGCAACACCAGUUGGCAGAAGUCUUCGGAGACUCUGAAACAAAACACUAAAAAUCAGACAUCAGAGUGGGCCAGUUCUACCAAUCAGAAGCAGUUGCCGGAGCAGGAAAGGAAAGCCUCCACCAAUCAAAAACAGAAGGUGGAGCAAAAGGAAGAUGUCAAAGAAGAGGAAGUGUCUUUUGUGGUUGCAAAACCUAACGGACCCACUCCGUCUGAUGAACACCAACCUGUCAAAAGCAGCUCUGUAAAAGAAGAAAAGAAGGACCCUAAGACUGACCCGGAGCUGCCCAGGGGGCUGCUGUUGGUGGAGUUCAAGUCUCUGGUGGUCAGCUCCUCACGGACGCGCACGGAACCCCUGCAGCACCACACCUCCAACCACAAGAACUUCAAACGGUUCCGCAAGGUCCCUGUCCCAGGCUCGCAGGGUCUCCCUCAGAUCAUCGGCGGCUCUGACCUGGUGGCCCACAGCAGAGGGAAGAACUCCGAGCUGGAGGAGUGGCUUAAAGAGGCCGCGGAGGAAGAGAAACAACAAGAAAAGGAGCAGGCAGUGGGAGAUGAGCUGUUCAGGUACAACCCCAGACCUUCUGGGAAGAGAUCUAUGAAAUUCUGACAAGUGCAAAAAGAAGAACCAAGAAGAAAAUGUUUAAUUCUUAACAGUUCUGGGACUUGUUGAUGGAAGCCUGAGUGUAUGUUGGGAUUAUGUUGAAGCCCAGCGAGGCUAGUUUGAUCUAGAUAAUAUGCAGAUAAUGAGUGAUAUGCCUUAGAUCAGUGUAUGUGCUGGCCAGACAAAUCCCCUGAUUGCAUGAUGUUUUCGCAGUAUUCUAUUGUAUGUGUUUAACAUUUUUGUUUACAAUUCACGGAUGGCAAGCAAUGUAAGAAAAACACAAGAUGCGAGUUCUUAUUUGAAUAUUUUGAAAAGAUUUAUUUGUUCUUAAUAAAAAAUAUUGUAUACAAAACA